AUGGUACGCCGCAGCAGCGAUGAUGGAGAGGACGGAAGCCGAAAUUCUUGUGCCAACAUCCAUACUGAUUUCACAAGCGACAGAGACGAGUGGAUUGUGCAAAGGGGUUCUGGCGAAAGUAGUUGCGAGAUUACCUCUGAUGGACUUCAAAUGACAAUUCAACCUCCAGCUGAAUAUGCCAAUGGAUAUGAAGCGGUUAGGGAUGAAACGACUCCAGAGAGAUUAAGGUACAACAAGUACGAAGGAAAAGGGUGUACUUUGAAUGCAACUACCUAUAUGCAAUAUGGUAAAUUUUCUGCUACUGUCAAAUCUUCCCGUGUGCCUGGUGCCGUUACAGCCGUUAUUUUGAUCGCUGAUAACGGUGAUGAGCUUGAUUUUGAGUUUUUGGCUGGUGAAAGGGAUCAGAUUACUACAAAUUACUUCUAUGGCCCUCACAUUGUCUAUGGCGAGAACGGUAAGGUAACUGAUGCACCUGACGGUAAUGCCUACGAUCGAUUUUACGACUAUACGAUUGAAUGGACCCCAUCAUCCAUCAAAUGGUUUAUCAAUAACAAUUUGGUACGUACUGUCGACCGCAGAAAGACAGUUAAUGACGAGGGAAUCGAAGAAUAUCCCACUCGACCUGCCCGUGUUCAAAUUGGUCUUUGGGACGGUAGUGCUGCUAGCGGUACUGCUCAAUGGGCCAGAGGUCCAAUUGACUGGAGCAGACAAAACGCACCUGUAACAGCUUAUGUCAAGUCUGUCACGAUCGAAUGUGAUCCUAGACACAACGACGUUGAGGGUGAAGACUAA